GAAGUAGCGUUGUCCGUGGCCCUGGACGGCCUCUCUCUCCCUCAAUCUGGCCAGCCCAGCCACGUCUCGAUGGUGCCAGCGCACCUCCCGCGAGGUCCCCUCUCCAGGGGGCGGGCCCCGCCCCGCCCACUGCGGCCCUAGCAACCACAUCCGGGACUCCGCCGGCGCCGUUGCCCGGGUAAUUUUCUGGCUGCGAAGGGUGUGAGCCCGGGUCCAGAUGUACCUGCCGGAGCUUGCCCCAGGGCAAGCGGGCCUGGUCUUGAGUAGGCGGAGGUCCAGGAGCCCUUAGCAUAACUUUCUCACUCACACACCCCAGCCUCACGAGUUAGGUUUUCCCCAGCAGACGGUGAGCCGGUGGCGGGAGGGCGCCUCGCAAUCCCAGGAGAGCCAAAGCUUCUUUCUCAGCUGCCGGAGAACACGCAGAAGAGAAGCCAGAGGGGCAGCCUGUGACUUCAUGGGAAAAAUAGCCACCAAAGAUCUACCCAGCAUCAUUUUUAGUUCUUUAAUUUUGGUAAGCUCACAUUUUUAAAACAGAUUAAAUUUGUCUGAUUUAGUCCAGAAGUAUAUAUUACAAAGCAUUCAAAGGCAAGCGAGAACUCAAGGGGUCAGAGCGGAGCUCGAGAGCUUUUCACAGAGACACCAUUUGGGAGUGACAGAGGAUAUUGUCAAGUCUUAGAAGGGUUCUACUAUUUUCUUCUCCACCCCAAAGAGACUUGGAAAUUAGCGGCUGACGUUUUGCAUGAAAUUUCUGAAUGCUUUUCUUCUUAUCUCUGAGGCCUUCUGUGGAGAAUUAAGAGGAGGUUGAAUGCGCGCAUGGAUAAAAUGGAUCAUCUUAAAGGAUUGAAGCUCCAAAAAUACAUCAGCAGGACUGGACAGGUUUGACAUAAUGAGAUUUCUAUUUUAGCUUGACUUCUGGAACUCUGAAUAAACUGAACUGCACAAGGUCCUGGGGAGGAGGUUUCUCUUCUAAAAUAUUCUAGCUGCAGACAAUAUUUUUCUUAUUCAGAUCCUUUCAAGAGAUGUAUUUAUUCAUCCAUUUCUGCAGAAAUAAGACUGUUAGACACUGACCAACUUUUAAUAUAUGCAGUGGCAUAGAAAGCAAUUUGUAUCAUACUGGAAAAUAAAUUUUCCUAAAGAAACAGACCCAGAAAGAGACGACAUCUCUACAUAAGCACAGGGUGAGAUGGCAGAAGCUCCUGUGGAUGCCUCAACUCUGCCUGUAACCGUGAAGAAAAAGAAAAGUCUAUCCAUUGAAGAAAAGAUCGACAUCAUAAAUGCAGUAGAAAGCGGUAAGAAAAAAGCAGAGAUUGCAGCUGAAUAUGGAAUAAAGAAAAAUUCGUUGUCUUCUAUUAUGAAGAAUAAAGACAAGGUUCUGGAAGCCUUUGAGUCACUGAGAUUUGAUCCAAAGAGAAAAAGACUGAGAACUGCUUUUUACACAGACCUGGAAGAGGCACUAAUGAGGUGGUAUCGAAUCGCUCAGUGUCUGAAUGUGCCAGUUAAUGGUCCAAUGUUGCGGCUAAAAGCUAAUGAUUUUGCCCAGAAACUGGGUCAUAAUGAUUUUAAGUGCAGCAAUGGUUGGCUGGAUCGUUUUAAAUCCAGGUAUGGUCUAGUAUUCAGAGCUCAACCUGUAGAAGCCACAGGUGUAUCAGUAGACCCUUCAGCUGUCUGGCACCAAAACAUACUUCCUUAUUAUUUAAAUGAUUAUCAUCCUAAAAAUGUUUUUAAUGUAAAAGAGACUGGGCUGCUUUAUCGAAUGUUGCCUACAAAUACCUUUGCAUUUAAAGGAGAAACCUGUUCAAUUGGCAAGUUAUGCAAAGACAGAAUAACUCUGGUGGUUGGGACAAACAUGGACGGCUCAGAGAAACUUCCUCUGCUUCUCAUUGGAAAAAACAGAAACCCACAUUGCUUCAGAGGCAUAAAAUCAUUGCCUGUGUGUUAUGAAGCUAACAAAAUGGCAUGGAUGACUGCAGAUGUGUUUGAACAGUGGAUGCAAAAGCUGGAUGAGAGAUUUCAAGCUCAGCAAAGAAGAGUGGUGAUUUUUAUUGAAUCUUCUCCUGCACACCCAGAGGUAAAACACCUGAAGUCCAUUGAAUUAGCGUUCUUUCCAUCAUGUUUAUCUUCCAAAUUUAUAGCUAUGAAACAAGGUGUUAUUAGAAGCCUUAAAAUCAAAUAUCGACAUUGUCUUAUUAAGAAAUUUCUGAGCUCUGUUGAAGGCAGCAAAGAAUUUACCUUUUCCCUUCUAGAUGCAGUUGAUACAUUGCAUCUCUGUUGGAGGGCUGUCACCCAAGAAACUAUUGUUAAGAGCUAUGAAGAGGCAGGAUUCAAAUCUCAAAGGGGAGAAGGUAAGGAGGCAAAUGCAGAGAUAGACACUGGUCUUGAUUUGAUUGCCGACGCCCAGGCGGCAGGAGUGGAAUUUCCCGAAGGCUUAUCUGUAGAAGAGUAUGCUGCCCUGGAUGAUGAUUUGGAGACUUGUGAGCCAGCACCAAGCGAUGAUGCCGUAUGCCCCAAAGAAAGUGAAUCAGAUGAAACUGGAUUUUAUGCUUCUGACGAGGAGGAGGAUGGUGGAUCUCUGGAAAGCGAACUCCCUUUACCAUCAAAAAAUGAGGCAAUAACUGCUUUAGAUACUCUGAAAACUUUUCUUAGAAGUCAAGAUAUAAAUGAUGAGCUUCAUAAUUCUUUAGCAGAUCUUGAAAUUUUUAUUAACUCUUUAUCAUCUAAGUAAUUAUUUAUUGUACAACAUCUGAAGAUAAUAGAGCUUUUUAUAAUGUAUUUUAUUAUUAAUAUUUAAGGUAUGUAAAGGGAAAAUACCUCUUAAACCUAAAAAAUGCCUAACU